AUGACUGCUGAAGGAGCGUUCGCGAUCCUUCUUUGGACAAAAGUUGGAGACUGUUUUUCAGUCGCGGCCUGCGUGCGAAGGUCGACGAAGGCAAUCUGCCGGCCGAUCUCAAGAAACGGCUGUGGAAUUUUGCAUAAGAGCGCACUCGGCGGUCGCGACGCAUCACUUCGCUCUGCGCACAGCAGCGUAACACCGACCGCAACAGCCACCGCCGUCGAGGUCCAUCCCCGACCGCCAACGACCACCACAACCUCCCUCACCACCACCACCGACAUCGACAACACGCACAUGGCGCUCUUCGCCUCUCCUUUCCACGCCUUCGACACCAUCUUCUCCGAUGCGUUUUCGCAUCCCUUCCACCGCCCGCGAUCGCGGAGGCGAGUCUGGGGCCCCGACCCGUUCCGCGUGGCCCAUCGAGACCCCUUCGUGCGCUUCGUCCUCACCGAUGACGCCAUGGACACCGACGACGUCCCCAACUUCGAUCCCGAGGUGUCCGAGACCGACGAGGGCUACCUCGUCUCCGCCACCUGCCCCGGGGUCCGCCCCGAGGAUCUCGCCAUCGUCGCCAAGCCCGAGCGCGGCCUGCUCACCGUGAGGUCCGAAAAGCACCCGCACGUCCGCGCCGAUCUCCGCCUACCCACUGGCGGUGCCGUGGACGCCUCCAACAUCUCCGCGUCGUGCAUCGACGGCGUGCUCAGGAUCAUCGUCCCCAAGGUGGCGCCCAAGUCUGAGCUCAUCCGCGUCGACUCCGCGCCGGCGACCGCGAUGCUCGAGGACGCCAAGGACGCCGAGGACGCCAAGGACGCCGAAGACGCCAAGGACGCCCACGAUGACGGUGACACCAUCGUCAUCAACGUCCCGGGCUUUUCCAGGCACGACAUCUCCAUCUCCCGCAAGAGGCCCGCGGAGACCCUCCUCGUCGAAGGCGCGUCGCGCGCGCUCGGCGGCCGCAAGUUCCGUCGCGUCCUCAGACUCGCCGACGCCGAAGCGACAGUCAGGGCGUGGUGCGUCGACGGCCUGCUCACGAUUCGCGUGGUUAACCCUCGCGCGACUGGGGUGAACGUGCCGGUGUCCGCGACGCCCCUCGGGCUUCCGGCCCCCGGCGACGACGCCGCCGACGCCGGGGGCCCGAACAAAAACGCAGACGAUGUCGACGGCGACGUGAUCACCCUGAUCCAACGCGCGGUCCCCGGGGUUUCCGCCGCCGACUUCACCGUCGAGAUCGAUCGCAAGAACACGCUCACCGCGCGCGCCGACGCGUCCACCCGCUUCGGCCGCAGGCGUUACUCCUUCUCCGUCGCGCUGCCCGAGAACGUGGACAAGGCCACCGUCGCCGCCGAGGUUGUUAACGGCGUCCUCACAGUCUGCGCCGCGAAGCCCGCGGCGCCCGAACGAAUCACGGUGGCCGUUCGCGGCGACGUCCCCGCCUCUCUUCCCUCCGCCGCCGAUAAAAACAAGGACGACGCCGACGCCAACGACGGCGCCGUCCCCGUCGUCGAGGUUGACGGCAUGGUCGAGGACGUCACCGAGGAGGACGGGCGUUGA